GAGGCCUGCCGGAAGCUAAGAUGGCGUGUGUGUGUUGUCCAGGCCGCAGUUGGCGCCUUAUCAGUAUCUAAGCCGUGUGUUUUGUGAGGGGCUGUGGCAAAGGCCCGUUCUCCCGCCAUGGCCCGGCAUCGGAAUGUUCGAGGCUAUAACUACGAUGAAGAUUUUGAAGAUGACGAUCUCUAUGGCCAGUCUGUAGAGGAUGAUUAUUGUAUUUCGCCAUCAACAGCUGCUCAGUUUAUUUACUCGCGACGUGACAAACCUUCACUUGUUGAGCCUGUAGAAGAAUAUGAUUACGAAGAUCUGAAAGAGUCCUCCAAUUCUUUUUUGAACCAUCAGCUAAGUGGAAUUGAUCAAGCUCGUCUUUAUUCAUGCCUUGAUCACAUGAGAGAGGCACUUGGAGAUGCCGUGCCAGAUGACAUAUUGGUCGAAGCAGUUCUGAAGAACAAGUUUGAUGUGCAGAAGGCCUUGUCACUGGUUCUGGAGCAAGAUAAAAUGCAGAAUUUGAAGGUCAAGAGUGAGGGAGCAGCAUCCACAGGGAAGACUGCAAAAGGAGUCUUAUUAUCUUCCUCUCAAGUUUCAGCUGAUAAUGUUCAAAGCUCUUGUCCUCAAUCCGCAAACCAUUUGGAUUGUAGUAGCAAACCCUCUGAUUUUUCUGGCCCACUAGCAAAAUAUGGAUUAUAUCAUAAUUCCUCAGUUGUACCAAGUCACUAUUUACUCCAUAAAAAAAAGAAACCUGACAGACCUAAAAGUGAAAAGAAACUAGAAUCAUGUAAGUUAACAAAAGAGCUUUCGCUAGCUGACCUCAUUGAUGAUGCGCCAAGAGAUUCUUGUAAAAGUCAGCCGUCAGUCAGAUUAUCAUCCACGGAUGGUCUGGAAAGUCUGUUUUCAAAGAAUCUAGGUGCUGAUCUGUUUAGACCUCAUGAAUCGGAAUGUGUUUCCAAAGAUGAUUCUGCAUUCAAAGAAAUACCAGAUUUAAAAUCCUUAAUGAUAAAGAGCACAACGCCUAGUAACUCUUUAUGUAUUCAGAAUAAUUCACUUCCUGCUACCCAUAACAUUCCAGUACAAAACAACUUAGGAAAUUUAAAUAGUCCUUUGCUCUUAACUAGCUCAUUGGAAAAUAUAGCUCAUGAUAAUUUAAAUACUAGUAAAAUGACUGAAGUUGGAAGUGUUUCUUCAGUUGAACAGAGUGCCAAGAAUUACAUUUUAAAAGAUGACAGUCCGCAGUUUGCCGGGUGUGAAAGUCCAUCCCUAGCUGAACUGUUUCAGGAACACAAAGAAAAUAAUCCAAGCCAGUGCUUUACUUUAUCUGAUCUUUGUAACCAGUCAUCUGCCAGUUUCACAGAUCUCAGUUUGGGAUCUUUUCCCUUGUCAAGGCUAGCAAAUCGGUAUCCAUCUUCAACUGGAAUAUCAGAGUUAACAGGAUCUCUGUCGUCUUUGGCAUUUUGUAAAGCUUCUCCUACAAGAGACCUUGAGAAUUUGUCACUUUCUGAUUUGAUUGCAGAAACAAUUGAUGUAGACAACUCUCAGUUUAAGAAGGAUUCCUUUAAGCUCAGUGUAUCUGAAAUGAGUUCACCUGGAAUAGAUUCAAAUAUUGAUCUUAGUGUCCUUAUAAAAACCCCUGAUUUUGUUCCAAAACAUGUAGUAGACCAAUCAGUUGCUCCAACAUCAGGAACUAAAGUUUUAAAUUCGAAGUUAGGGAAAAAUUUCAAUUCUGCUAAGGAUAAUAAGAGAACCAAUAAAGGCUCUUUGACUAGGAACCCACCUUUUUCUCUCUCUUGGACCAAGGCUCUUGCUGCUAGACCUUCAGCUUUUGCUUCUACACUGUGUCUUCGUUACCCAUUGAAAAGCUGCAAGCGACGCACCCUUGACCUCUAUAAGACUUUUCUUUAUAGUAGACAAGUUCAAGACAUAAAGGACAAAGAAAUAAGUCCUCUUAUAGCAAUAACACCAUUUGACUUCAAAUCAGCAUCUCCUGAUGACAUUGUAAAAGCUAAUCAGAAGAAAGCUUUCACUAGAGAAUAG